CGGCUCGCACCUCUUUCCAGCCCGAGCCUCGGGGACAGCGACCUCUGGACUGCGGAGCGGCGGCGGCAGCAUGAAGGCUCCGGGUCGCCUUCUGCUCUUUGCCUUGUGUUCCUUGGCUGCCUCUGCUGGCUACAUCCUUCUGUGCUGCUGGGCCUGCAUGCCCCUCUGCCUGGCCACCUGCCUGGACCGCCGCCUCCCUCCCUCCAAGCCCACAGUUCCGGGGCCUUUGCACUUCAGUGGUUAUAGCAGCGUGCCGGAUGGAAAGCCACUUGUGCGUGAACCAUGCCACAGCUGUGCUGUGGUGUCCAGCUCCGGCCAGAUGUUGGGCUCAGGUCUAGGCUCCCAGAUCGACACUGCAGAGUGCGUAUUACGCAUGAACCAGGCGCCCACCGUGGGCUUUGAGGCGGACGUGGGCCAGCGCAGCACCCUGCGUGUGAUCUCGCACACCAGCGUGCCACUGUUGCUACGCAACUACUCCCACUAUUUCCAACAAGCCCGAGAUACCAUCUAUGUGGUGUGGGGCCAAGGCAAGCACAUGGACCGGACCCUAGGCGGUCGCACCUACCGCACGCUGCUGCAGCUCACCAGGAUGUACCCAGGCCUGCAGGUGUACACCUUCACUGAGCGCAUGAUGACCUACUGUGACCAGAUCUUCCAAGAUGAGACAGGCAAGAACCGGAGGCAGUCGGGCUCCUUCCUCAGCACUGGCUGGUUCACCAUGAUCUUGGCCCUGGAGCUCUGUGAGGAGAUUGUGGUCUACGGGAUGGUGAGCGACAGCUACUGCAGGGAGAAGAGCCACCCCUCCGUGCCUUACCACUACUUCGAGAAGGGCCGGCUGGACGAGUGUCAGAUGUACCUGGCCCAUGAGCGGGCGCCCCGCAGUGCUCAUCGCUUCAUCACGGAGAAGGCCGUGUUCUCCCGCUGGGCCAAGAAGAGGCCCAUUGUGUUCGCCCACCCAUCCUGGAGGGCCCAGUAGCCCGAGGCCUACAGUUGGCAUCCCUCCAGCCGGCCUGCGGCCCAGCCAGGGUCGCCACACUCCAGCAGUGAACCUUAAUUUGUGACUCUUGCUUCCUGCCAUCUGCCAGAUGGACCUAGGGUUUCUUCCUGCCCCACCCUGGGGACAUUAGGAGGGGUCUUUGGUCUCCUGACUCAAGGGCCAGUGGAGAGGGUGCUCUCAUCUCCACACCUGCUUCCUGAAGAAUCCACGUCUUCAUUUAGGGGUUCACCCCAUCACCAGGUCUCUCAAGUGGCCUUCUGUCCUGGGGCCAGUGGCCCCUCCCACUCACCAGCAUCCUGACCUUGUGCCAGUCCUGCCCCCAGCUGCCCCUGGUGCCACAUUCUCUCAGGCUGGUAGCCCUGGUGGGGACAGCCUAGAACCUGGAGUUUGGUAGGUGUGAGGGUCUUUGAGCCAUGACCACCAGGGCCAUCUUUGGAACAUACGGGUAAACGUGUGUUUUCUGGAAGCUGCGUCUCGAGUGCUUAUGGGUCUGGCCUGGGGAUGGGCCCUCAUACCCCUGGCAGACCCAUAACCCACUUACUAGAGGGCAGGCCAAGCCCUCCCCCGCCCCCCACCCCAGUCUCUGUCUGCCAUGUAGCCCAGCCCCUUCCGUACCCCAGAACUCCUCAGGGGCUGCCCUGGUGGUGCUUACCCAGGACAUUGUCUUCUUUGGGAUCUCUGCUCUGUGCUCAGUGGGAGUUGAGUGGGAAGGAAAUGACACCCCUAGUCUCUUUCCUGGCCCAUGGGUCAAAUUCCAAAGAUGUUGCCAGUUAAAUCUCUAUUAA